AUGUUCAAUGGAGCACUCAAUCAAGAAGUCAAUAUCGUUGAUCAAUGUAUUAAGGAUUCUGGAAAAUUAUCAAUAGAUAUUACAAAUAUUUAUAAGGGAUUUAGUGCACAUAGUCUAUCAGGCUAUAAAGAUGGAAUCAUCGCAUUGAGUGAUACUCUUAAAGCUAUCCCAGAUGCAGUCAAGGACUGUUAAGAAAUAAAGAUUGAUCCAGAAUAGAUUUAAAGUAUGGCUGACAUCAUAUAGCAUCCGCUUUCAAUGAUUGUGAAUGUCGGCAAGAAUCUUGUUAUCAAUGGCGUGGACAUUCUAUUUGAUGUUUCUGAUGCUCUAUAAGCAUUUUCUAAACAAGACUUCGUUGGCUUUGGCAAAGCUCUUGGAAAGGCACUCUAGACUAUUUUUAAGCAUGCUCCUUAUCAAGUUUAAGUCUCUAACUAAAUGGAAGAUGAGUUUUUCCAAGGAUUCUUCUCUGCCCUUGGCUAAUAAAAAGAUUUUAACUAUGUUGAUUUCCAGAAAUUGUUUCACAAUCUUGGAGACUAAGUCUACACACCAUCUGGAUAAACAAUCGAACAAAUAAGGUUAUCAGAAGGAGAUUAAAGACUCAAUACUGAAAUUGCCUUAAAGACUAUUGCUUAGUCUCUAUCUGAUGCUGCAGGAAUUCUAGUCGUUCCUCAAAGACAUCUAAUUACCUAAAUUCAAGAAAAUGAGAUUAAUUAGUUCUCUAGUUGUAUUAAGAGUGCUAAAAUUACUCAUAGCUCAGAAGAAAUAAACAAUAUGCUUAUUGAUAGUAUUAGGACUUAUAAAGAUAAAUACAUGAACGGUGUUGGAGCUAUUGUUGGUAAGCUAGCUUUGGAGGCAUGCCCCUAAUCAACCCAAGACUUAUUCCUUACUCAGUGA